AAUGUCAGAAGAGGGAAUGAAUUGCAGCUUGUUUAUUAUGGAAAUUCGCUCCAUAUGUGACACAUGAAGGGCAUUUCCACCCGAGAUAUGAAAGAAAUAUAAUAGUUAUGAGACUUUACAUUCGUAACAAAGUGAAAUACGACCCAUCCAAUGCUGGAAAGCCGUUAAUAUUUGUCGAAUUCCCAGAUCCGCGCGCGUUCACCGUAGGCCAAGUGAAAGAGGAAUUCAAAAAGAAAGCCAGAGCAGCCAGAAUAGACUCCUUAUACCUCCGUCAAGAUGAUGGUUCUUAUGAGGUUUUAGCAGAUGACAGGACUGUGGGCUUCUACAAUAUACAAAAUAAUGCUGUUUUGGAAACAACAAGCAAUCCUUUUUGGGCUUCAACAAUCUACUACAGACUGCGAGAGGUGGAAAAAGAACAUGGUGGUGCAAAUCUCACAGAUGAUCUAAGAGCAAGUAGAGGAUUGGAACAGUCUUCCAUCCAGAAGUAUAUGGCCUUAGGGAUCCUCUUCAAUGGAGGAAACAAUCGAACACGGCAACAACCUCCAUACUUUGAAGAGGUAGAUCAGUUAUUUGAUCACCUUCAAACAGCUGGAAAAAAGCCAGUUCACAUGUCACAGCAAACCUUGGCCACAUUGCAGCAGCUGAAAGAUGAGUAUGAACAGAAUGAUGUCAAUGAAAAGGAUUCCAUUGGCCACUUUGUUCAAAGACAGGCUUUGAAAUUAGGACUUGUUUCAAAAGAAUCACUUCAAAAUGGUGAUGAGUGCAGUGGAAACAAUUUAGAAGGAAAUGGACAAGUUGUGGGUGCAGUUCAGAGGGGUGGCAGAAAUAAGGCUAACAACAGAGGGAGAAGAGUCAAUGGGGCAGGAAAGGUGGGAAGAAGAGCUCCACAGAGGCAGCGAAUGUGUGGAGACUGUGAAGAAAAUGUGGCUACUCUGUUCUGUGCUGACUGUCAGCCAUCCCUGGUGCUCUGUGAUGACUGUGCAGUUGUGCUUCACAGGGGUGCAACUAGAAGAAACCACCACUUGAAGGAUGUAAUAGAAGCACCAGCCCCGAGCAAAGGCUAUACCCCUAAAGCCUACAGAGCACCAUUUGCUAUGUUGGUUGCAUUUCACAGGGCUGCCAAUGAAGUUCACAGCAAAAUGAGUUUGACUGAAGAUGAGUUAAAAUCCAGAGCUCAGCCUCUAACAAACACAGAUUUGGAGAUAAAACAAGGACGAUGGUCAGGCUUUGACUCAAUGGAGAGUGCCCUAUUGAAGAAUGAGCUUGUACAGAAAGAGGCCAGAACACCAAAGUACUCUCUCAUGGAAAAAGGCCAGCCUCUUGCUGCAAGGUGCUCAGAAUUUGAUUAUGCUGUCCAGAAUCUAAGACAAGCAGCUUCUAUUCCAACCAUACCAGUAAUAGCAGUGAGGCCAGUUUUCAGAAAUCGCCAAGUGUGCUUGUUAGUUGAUAGUGAAGAACCUUUGAGGGAACGCUUUGUCAGAGUGGUGCAACAGCGAGGAAUGUCAGCCAAGACCAGAAAACUGCCUGUAGGUGAUUUCCUAUGGGUCUUACUACCCCCUGGAGUAAAUCCUGAUACAGUGAGAGACAUGCCAGAUCAGGAACUGGUUCUCCCCAUGGUUGUAGAGAGGAAAACAUGGGAUGACUUGUGGUCCAGUCUUAAGUCCACAAGAUUUCUUAACCAAGUCAACAGAAUGAAGAAAUGUGGCUUAGCAAAUCUGUUCUAUCUUGUGGAGGGUAGCCCUAGGGAACUGAAAGGAAAUCCGGGUCCUGAAGUAGCAAGUUUCUUGCAGGAUAAACUUGAUAGUUUGCUGUUAGAGGAGCAGUUUCUUGUGAAUCGUACUGGCUCAUGGAUGAAAAGUGUGGAAUGGCUCUGCCAUUUAACCAACAUGACAAUAGAAUUCCUGCAGUCAGAUGGAAGUCCCAAGUUGAAGACAUACAGUGAAUUUUCAAGAGGAAGAAAACUGCGGAGAAACUCAGCUAACCUUGAUGCAGCACCUGUGAAUCCAGUGGCUGCAUCUGUCUGGUCAGCAUCAGAGUUCACUGACAUUAUAAGGAGCCAUAGCAAUGGUGGGAUGGAGCUUCAUAGUUUACCUGUCAGUGGUGGAAAUGGUUUACAGGAAGAAAGAUCUUUGAUUGUGAUUCAAGGCCUUACUGUUUAUAACAAGCAAUGUCACAGGGUACUAGACAAAGCCUUGGCUGAUCUUCUGGACGACAUGCAUCAAACUGCCGAAGCUUGCAUUCAAAAACAUCUUCAAGGUAUCACUGACCAGCUUGUUCAUGAAGAUGUUCCACAGUGGUACAUUCUUUGGUUACAGGUUUUUAAAGGAGCAAUAGUGCGAAGAACAGAGACAGCAGAGGAAACAGCAGAAAUUUUGAGCAAGUUUUAUCAAAUGUCAGGAGGUGUGGCAGAUGUGCCCCUGUCUACUCACAAUGAUGUCAAUGUUGACAAUGGUGCUCAGUUUGGGACUCAACCAGAGGAAAGUCCACAAGGGGAUGAACUUGUGUUUGCUAGUGAUUCACAAGAGGAAAAUGCAAUGAUUCGUCAGGCUUUGCAAGCAUCACAAUAUCAAAACAAGGUUGAUGAGAUCAGACCACCAGCAGUUCAACCGUUCAUUCCUUCCAGUUCAGUUGGUGAACUUCAGAAAUAUUCCCUAGAAUCUAUGAAUGAAAGAGAACAACUGUUGCUGGCUAUGAAUCUUAGCAAAGUAGAAUAUGAUGCUGAAAGAUCUUACGAAGACAUCAAUCCUGACCAAUCUGAUAAAAUGAGUGAAAGAAGUUUCAUAUCAGAUAAGAACACUCCUAGCAAACCAAGAACUAAGAUGGAUGUCUUCAAGCCAACAUGCACUACUGUUUCUGGUGACAAGGAUAACACUGCACAUGAUGAGCUUGAGAGAGCACUUAAACAAAGUUUGGAAGAGUUUGAAAACCUAAAGAAAAUUCAGGAAGAAAAGAGGAAGAUGUUGGAUGCCGACAGGGACUUGCAGAAAGCUUUGGAACUGAGCAGAUUGGAGUAUACUCAAUCACAGACCAGUAGCACGUGUGACGGACUGAAAGAAAAGCAAAUUGAUGAUGGCAGCUGUUUGUCAGACGGAGAUAGAGAGUUACAAAGAGCAUUGGAAUUUAGUAAGCUGGAGGCUCACGCUGUCAGAAGGGAUUAUUAUAUCGGCAUAGUGGAAAAAGCCUGUAAUGGAGAGGAAAAACAAUCAAGGGACAGUGAAGGAAUGAACUUUGUGGAAAGUGACCUCCAAAAAGCCUUAGAACUGAGCAAAGUGGAAUUUGAACAAGAGAAAACAAAGGUUUCAAUGACUUUGAGUGCUGGAAGUCGAUCGAAGGAGAAAUCCAUUUUGGAAAGCAAAGAACCAGAGAGCGAGUCUUUGUCCAGCAACGAGGGUGACGUCGCCAAAGCCUUAGAAGUAAGCAGAAAUGAUUGUAACAAAGUUGCAGAACACCGAGGUGAUGGAGUGUUAGACAAGGAAGAGCAGUACAUCACAGAAAAGUGUACUAUGAACGACUUACAAGGAGAGAAGGAUGUAGAAAAGGUAUUGAUACAAAGUUUUGAUGGAAACAGAGGACAUUCCAGUGACAGUGAUUUUCACAGGGUCUCAGAGUUGAGCAGAAACGAGUAUCCAAAAUCCACAAAUUCUUCUUGGGAUGAGAAAGAUAAACGCACUGAUGCUGAAGUUGUGGUACAAGGAUCAAAUGCUGCAUUGGUGCAGUCAAGGGAAAGACUUGAGCCUGAUCAAAACGCAAAGUGUUCAACACCAAUCAAGGAGUGUGUUGCUAAUAGUGAUGUUGUUCCUUCUAGUGUACCCUCAGAAUUAUUUUCACAACAUGAUAAUCAUGGUACUUUUCCUGCACUGGGACACUCCACGCCAGCAGGUAGUGCCAAGUGUUCUGCAAUCCUGUUGGACUCUCAGGAAUUAGAUGAUGAGAGUAUGGAUGCAUUAGAACUUCAGAUUAAAGAAGUCUCUGAAACAGAAAAGAAACAUUUAUGUCCUGUAGAGGAAGAAAGAAGUGUUGAUGAUGACUAUGCAUAUGCAUUAAAACUUCAAAAGGAGCUCAACAGUGAUGUAAAAGGCUCUUAUGGCCAUGCCAGGAAAAGCAAGACUUCAGUAGCAGCUGCUGAAGUCGAAGAUCAACUCAAAAUUUAUCGAGAGACACAGAAAGAAAAAUUUGUCACAUGCGCUGGAAGGGGAGAUAAAUCCUCGCGUGGGCUUGAUUUCAGGAGAAAUGUGGCUGCAAUUGCCUGUGGUAAACCAUUGCAAAUUGGUGUUGCCAAUCCUAUAAGUAGAUCAGAACUUUCUCAGAAGAAGCAGGAUUCACCCAAGGACCUUAGUGAUAUUUCCUCACCUCGAAAACGAAUUCGAAGAGAUGGAAAAAACUUAGAUUAUUCACCCAAGAAACCAGGCUUUCAUAGAGAGGAUGUGUUUGUUAUCAGGGAUGAUGAUGAUGAAGAACCUAAACCAGCUGGUUCAAGUGGCUUUCCUGUUUCUCCAAGGCCAUCCCCAUCAGGUUCAAGCACUUUCGAAAGAGUUCAUCCACGUCUUCCCUCUCUUUCAGGUCCUAUGCAUUCCCCCUCUCAUCCACCUUGUGGGCCAAAAGAUUCAUCUAUUAUAAAUCAUGUAUCAAGCAGCAGUGAUAAGCCAAUAGGACCGAAGUGUAGCUCUUGUGGAACAGUUGGACAUAACAAGAAUUCAAAAGUAUGCCCUAAUUACUAUUCAGAAGAAGCUGUUCAGCGGAGAGAGGAACAAUCAAGGAAGAGAAAAGCAAAGAGAGAGGAAGAAGAAAGAGAGUUUAAUGAUCGCUUGGGUGCAUUGGCUGCUCAAAGAUUGGCAAUAGAGGAUCGAUCAAGAGCAUUAGGUGAACAGCUGGAUGAGCUUAGAAGACAGUCGCAAAACAUGGCUAACACCCAAAAGAUGGUUGAAGAUGCAAUUAAAAAAAAGAGAAAGCGAUAGUAAAUUAAAAAAAAAAGACAUGGAAAAACUAAGUCAAAGGAAACCAUUUUUAGAGUGCUACGGAGCUUCUGUUUCCUGAAUGUUAUAAUUACGGUGAUGGUUGUUGUAACAGGUUUAUAAGUGAGCAUAUGCCAUGCUUCAAAUUGGGAUAAUUUUUUCGUGUAAUAGUUCAUUUGUUGAACUUGGUGGGACAUUGUUUUUUUGGUAAUAUUUUAAUGAAAUUGUACAUAAUGUAAGACCCUGAAUUCAGAAUUGAGGAAGGAAAGUUCAAGUUUGAUCUUGGGAUAUUUCAUUGGUUUACAUUUAUUAUGGUUUUUACUUUUAAAUAGGAUUUGAAAAAUAUAGAUUGAAGAAUAUUUUUAGAUGAAAAUUGAAAUAUUUUAUAUCCUCGUAUAGCGUACACGUAUGUAGAUGAAGGUAAAAAAUUGCUGUAGAAAAAAACAGCUACUUUGAUAACUCACAUGCAACUUACCUGUGCAGUACUCAUGUAAACGCUUCAUACAUGUAUCACUGGAAGAAAAAGGAGGCUAAAUUCCUCCAAAAGUAAAAUUUGAAAAAGAGACUGUUGAAAAUAUUAAUAACAUUUUACUGUAAUUUGUUUUAUACCUAUUUUUGUAACAAUCUUUGUUUUAUCAUUUGGUCAUUAUAUGUUCCUGUUGAUGUUGAAGUUUGAGUUGCCGUGUUUUAUUCAAGUGCAGCCUUUGUUUUGUUGCAACAAUAAAUGUUUUGAGAAUAAACUAGAGGGUAGUCUCACUCG